AUGACCCCACAAAGGAAAGAGGCACAAUGGAAACCUGGCAUGGUGCUGUGCUGGUUUCUGCUCUGCAUCUCUCUGCAACAAAACUCCCCCCACCGGGUGUCAGCUGUCAACCUGCGGCGCUUCAUCGGCUGCGCAGUCAGGGAGUUCACUUUCCUGGCCAAGAAGCCUGGCUGCGGGGGGGUGCACAUCACCACGGACGCCUGCUGGGGGCGCUGUGAGACCUGGGAGAAACCCGUCUUGGACCCGCCCUACAUUGAGUCCUAUCAGCGGGUUUGCACCUACAAUGAGACUCGUCUGGUCACUGUGAAACUGCCAAACUGCCAGAGAAACAUCGACCCCAUGUACACCUACCCGGUGGCCCUGAGAUGUGACUGUGGUGUUUGUGUGACCAGCACCACUGAGUGUAUUACAUCAGUGUAA